AUGAGCAGCAACAAUGGUGGUUCGAAUGGCAGCAAAAAGCUGGCUGCCAUUGACGAACACGACACGGCAGGUCGCAAUUCCAUGGAUUCCGUGGGAGAAAAGGAUUCCCUCUUGAAGAGCAGCAGUCGCGUCAGUGAUAUUGCUUCCAGCACCCGUUCCACAGCAUCUUCCACCGGCCGUAAUAGCUACUGGACCUUUUCGUCUCAUUGGCUCGACACGGCCGCCGUCAAGAGAGAUAGAUUCCAGAGUGAACGGGAACGGGCUGUCGACCGAGGAAUUGCCAAGGCGGCUUUUUUGAUCCGGGAUGCUGUCAUGGGUGAAAGCGAAAAUCCCAGUCAGGGAACCUACGAUCCCUACCAAAAUCCCGAAAACAAAAUCCGCAAUCUACUUAGUUUGGUCUUUCGACAAAUCUUGUCGUAUCGGCUGUUGCGGCAACUGCUGUAUGGAUGUGCCUGGGGAUUAUCUAUAGUUGGGGUGAGGCGAAAAGGACUUCGAGCCAAAAUCGUGGGAGGCCAUGCAUGCGCCGAAGUCCAAAACGGAUAG